AUUUGAUCCAAGUCAAGUUUCUUCAAAGCUGGCAGACAGAUUUUUGCAACAGUUUUGUUGGUUCUUGCAGUCGACAUGACGUCACUGCGGACAUUUAAACACUCAGCAAAGGGCCACAAUUACCCUUCGUGCUAUGCAGAAUACUGGAUGUCUGGUGCGAACAAUUAGAUUACUAUGCGCUCAAAGAUGAAUGCAGCAGCUUCAGUCAACGCGACAUCUUCCCUGUGCCCAGGCCAAGAUGAGAAUGCCUCAUGGAUAAGCGUCUCUGUGUGCUGGGCUGACUAUCUGAGCUGCAUCCCCCAUCUCGCCUUUGCCAUCCUCUCCUCCCUCCUCCUCCUCCUUUACGGAUGCUGCCCGGGACUGAGACGGGCCAAGACUCCUUACACCCUCCACUACCCCUUCCACCACCUCCGCUGGCUCCUGCUCUUUGCCGUCCUUGUGGCGCUGACAUUUUUCGUCCAGGAGGGUGUGCUGUCGCACCUGAAGUCCCAGCCCGGCACUGGGACGCAUCCCCACCUCUACCUGCCGGCUGGCUGUGCCUGGCUCGCUGCUGCUCUGGCCUGCGUGUUGUACCAUCACUCGGAAGCUUGGCUCCAGCCCGGGUUUGCCUGGUUGCUGCUGGCAUACUGGGGGUCUGCCCUGGCUGGUGAGAGUAUCCGCUUAGCCAGCUGGAUGGAAGACCCAGACAACAUCGACAUCAGAAUCGUCCGCUUUGAUGCAAUAGUAUUUAUGGUUUCUUCGUCUGCAGUAUUAUUUCUGGUUGAGUUAUGUGCAAUCGUAGUGACAUGUCUGAGACCUUCCAAACACAAGAGCCUACCAGCCGAUCUGCUGAAGCCAGACAUGAAGUAUUAUAUGAGGUACGUGAGUUUCCCCUCACGGAUGUUGUUCACUUGGCAAGGUUGGCUGUUACGCGUGGGUUACCAGCACCCUCUGGAGAACAGUGACUUGGGCAGCUUGCCAGAAAUGAGUACGUCCCGCUCCAAUGAGAGGAACUUUGAGUGGUAUCUGCAGAAAGAAAAGGAAAGAGCUGCAAAGCUGGGGGGUCCCGAGCACUUCUCCCUCUACCGAGUCCUCUUCAGGGCCUAUCUUGGCUGGCACGUUGCAGCGUUCCUCCUGAAGUUCACAGCCGACUCCCUCCACUUCGUCGUCCCGCUGACGGUCGGGGGCAUCGUCUCCUACGCGACAGUGCUGUUCUACGACGAGGGAGAAGCAUCAGAUGGCCUGUCAGAGUUUGUCACCGUCAGUGAGUUUUUCCAGAAUGGCUUUGUGCUGCUCUUUCUCAUGGGCGUCGUGGGGCUGCUGCGGCUCUUGCUGCUGCAUUCCAACUACCACGCCUUGAUCGUCUCCAGUGUCCAUCUCAGAGUCGGUGUGCAGGCUGCUGUGUACAACAAGUCCCUGCGUCUGUCUAGCUGGACGGUCACCAGCGGAGCCAUGACUACCGGGCAGAUCACCAACUUGAUGUCCGUCGACUCCUUGAACCUCAUGAUGUUCUACCAGUAUGGACAAUACGCCUACUCCUUGCCCAUCAUGAUCACCGUGUUGAUGGCCAUGAUGGUCCACCUUCUGGGCGUGGCCGCCCUCAUAGCGUCGCUGUGCUUCAUCGUUGCUAUCCCAAUCCAGUACAAGCUGGCCCAGAUCCAGGCCAGAGUCCAAAAACAUGCGCUGAAAAUUUCAGACGAGCGGCUGAAGCAGACCCACGAGAUGCUGCAGGGGAUGAAGCUCAUUAAGCUGUAUGGUUGGGAGAACAUCUUUUGCAGCGCCAUCGCCAGCGUGCGGCGCAGGGAGAUUAGGAAGCUGAUGAAAGCCGUCAUCUUCUACUGCAUCGCGAUUCUGACGAGCUACUUUGUUCCUGCAUUUGUCACCCUCUUGAGCUUUCUUCUCUUCAUGUCUUUCACUGGAUCCUCACUGACGCCAGCCAUAGCCUUCACAACCCUCACCAUCGUCAAUCAGCUCAGGUUCCCAGUCAGGAUGUUUGCCAUGAUGAUCCGGUACAUCAUCAACAAUCAUGUCAGCGUGCAGAGGCUCAACAAGUUCUUCACUGCCAGGGAGAUCGAGAGGGAGGAAGGGGGCGGAGACUUCUUUUUGGAGGAGGACGGAGACAGCACCUUCGACCCAGAGAAAGAAACAGAGAUCCUAAACCACAACGACCUUCCUGAGGUUGAAAUACAAGUGGGGACACAUGGCAAGGCCAAGUUUCACAGAAUUCCCAGCCUGGAGGGGGAGGCAGCGAAUAGCAGAACAGACCCCGUAGGGGUCAUUCCGAGGGACGGCACAGAUUAUGUGGCACUGACGUCCGAACCAGAGGAAACUACAGAUGCCGUCCGGCCAGCGCUGCCAGAUGAUGUCGCCAUCAAGAUUAAGAAUGGCAGCUUUUCCUGGGAUCCAGACUCAAGGGCAAGCAUGUUAUCCGACAUCGACGUCGAGUUUCCCGCAGGGUCCUUGACUAUGAUAGUCGGCCAGGUCGGCAUGGGCAAGUCUUCCUUGCUGUCCGCCAUACUGGGUGAGAUGCACACCACGUCUGGCUAUGUCCAGUUCAACAGGAAACGGAGAGGGAUCGCGUACUCCGCCCAACGGGCGUGGCUCCUGAACGCGUCACUCAGGGACAACAUUCUGUUUGGCCAAGAGUUUGAAGAAGACAAAUACCAGGCGGUAGUGUCGGCCUGCUCCCUGCAGCCAGACAUCGACAUCCUGCCUGCCAGGGAUCAGACGGAGAUUGGAGAGAAGGGAAUCAAUCUGAGUGGAGGGCAGAAGCAACGAGUCAGCGUAGCCAGGGCCAUGUACAGCCACAACGACCUUGUCAUAUUGGAUGAUCCCCUGUCGGCUCUUGAUGUCCACGUUGGGAGUCAGCUCUUCCAAGACGGCAUCGUUGACCUGCUGCUGGGUGGCAAGCGCACAGUGGUCCUCGUCACGCAUCAGCUGCAGUACAUGAAAUACGCCCACAAGGUCUUGGUAAUGAAGGAUGGGCGCGUCAGCCUCCAGGGCACGCCCAACGAGGUCUGGGUGGCAGACCCCGAUCUCCAGAUCACCUCCAGGCACCUGGCCGAGGCCGCCAGCAGGUCGGAGGCAGAGACAGGGGAUGAGGAGGCAGAGAAGGAGCGGCAGAUGCUGCUGAAGCUGGUGGAGGAGAAAAAGAAAGAGGAAGAAAGAGGCAAUGUGUCAGAGGAGGAAGGCCGGUUGAUCGAGAAGGAGGAACGCAACACAGGCACCAUCUCCUGGACGGUGAUCGUCUUCUAUCUGCGGGCCAUGAAGUACCCGCUGGCCUGCUCCGUCAUGGCGCUGACCCUCCUCCAGCACGGCCUGAUGGUGGCCACCGACUUUUGGCUGUCCCGCUGGUCGGAGGCCGGCAAAAGAAUGGCCCUGGAUAAUGUCACUGAGGAAGAGAGCCAAAGCCUGCAGCAGUUCUACGUCUACAGCUACACGAGCAUGAUUCUCGCUGCCUCCCUGGUGUCCUUCAUCGCCACGCUGAUGCUCUUCCUAUCAGGCAUGGUGGCUGCCAAGCACCUGCACACGGGCAUGCUCCGCGUCAUCUCUAAGGCCCCCAUGCGCUUCUUUGACACCACGCCGGUGGGCCGGAUCCUGAAUCGUUUCUCAGGGGACACCAAUGUCGUCGAUGCGGCCUUGAUCAACAAUGUCUGGUUCUUCCUGGAGUCCACUUUCAGGUGUCUGACAGCGAUCAUCGUCAACAGCAUAGUCAGCCCCAUCUUCAUCGUCAUCAUGUUGCCAGUCUUCAUCUGCUAUUUCAUCCUGCAGCGCUACUUCAUCACAACCUCCAGGGAACUUCAGCGACUGGACAGCAUCAGCAAGUCACCAAUCUACGCUCAUUUUUCAGAGAGUUUGUCCGGACUGCCAACCAUCCGUGCAUACAGAGAUGAGAAGAGGUUCAAGAACUAUCUCUUAGAUGCUAUCGAUCAGAACACCAUAGCUGUCCUCUAUGCAAAUACCUGCAAUCGCUGGCUAGGAGUACGCUUGGAUGCCGUGGGGAACCUGUGUGUUUUUCUAGCUGGUCUGACUUCACUCACUGUGUCAGUGACCUCCGAACUUGAACCCAGCUAUGUGGGACUUGCCUUGGCAUAUGCAUUGGCAGCUGCCAAUUACCUGAAUUGGUUCAUUCGUCACACGUCGCUGAUCGAAACGCAGAUGAACGCCAUUGAAAGGAUGAAGUACUACAGUGAAAUCCCAACAGAAAAUUACAAAGGUAAAUUGCCCAAGCCUGAGUGGCCAGACUGGGGAGCAGUUUCGGUCAAUAACAUAUCUGUGCGCUACGCCGAGAAACUGGAACCUGUACUUCAGAAUAUCUCUCUGGAUAUACAGCCGGGCCAGAAGAUUGGUAUAUGUGGGCGGACGGGAAGCGGCAAGUCUUCCCUCACGCUAGCCCUGUUCAGAAUCGUUGACACUUUCAAAGGUAAAAUAUUAAUUGACAGUGUUGACAUCGCCUCUUUACCAUUGGAUCAUCUUCGACUGAAACUUUCCAUCAUUCCUCAAGACCCCAUCCUGUUCAGUGGCUCCAUCAGGUUCAACCUGGACCCUCACGGUAAAUGCAGCGAGGAGGAACUGUGGACGGCACUGGACAUUGCCCAGCUCAAGACAGUGGUGACUGAGCUGGACGCGGGCCUAGACUCUCAGGUUGCCGAGGGCGGAGACAACUUCAGCAUGGGGCAGCGUCAGCUGUUCUGCCUGGCUCGGGCCUUCCUCAGGAAAUCCCGGAUCCUCAUUCUGGAUGAGGCCACCGCCUCUAUCGACAUGGAAACGGACGACAUUGUACAGAAAGUCCUGGCCGAGGAGUUCAGUGACCGCACUGUUCUUGUGAUAGCUCACCGUGUGACAACCAUCCUAGACGCUGACCGCAUCUUGGUCCUGAGCGAGGGCGGUAUUGCAGAGUUCGACACACCACAGAAUCUCUUUGCAAAAGAGGACAGCCAGUUUGCUGCCUUGGUCCAAAGUGCACACCACUGAAGCCCUCGGAUUAUGUUUUCUUUUGUUAUCAAUGACACUCUGGUGCAGUUGCUUCCUAGCUACUCGCGGUAAGGUAUCCUUUCAUGAUUUUCUCCAGCCAAACUUGCUUGAUGACACCAAAGGUCACAUCCACAGCUUGCGUCUAUGGAGCAAAGUCUAGCAAGGAUGCCAGGUUUCCAGACAAAAGGUCGAUUUCAAGGUUUUUCAGGUGGAAUGUUGGGCCAAGUUCAGUUAACAAGAUAUGCUGUAAGUCAUCUUUAGUAGUCGUCUUGUGUUUCAGGCUGUGGGCAGGAAUGGGAACCAGGCAUCCCUGGUGUGUAAUCAUUCACCUUACAGCCCCCCCCCCAGUGUCGUUAAUAUUCAUAUUGGCCUUUGAAUUCAAUCAUCAUAUACCCAAGCACUGACAAGAAAAAAAAUUCCACAAGGUGAUGUAUUCCAUCAGGACUUUCAGGCAUCGUUUCAGUGCCGAUGUUCACCUUUCCUGUGGUUUUCAACACAUCACUUGUUUGAGUCUGAAAUGAAAUGCGUUCUUGCCCUGCCCUCCUUUGCAGACAACGAUUUUUGCCAUCCAAGCUUCCCCCCCCGACUAACCUAUGGAAAAGCAUACUUUUAAUGUGGAGAGCAAAGACUGAAAUAAAGUAGAUACCUUUAGAUGUGCACCAUUACUCUUGCCUUAGCUUAGCUGCAUGGUUCAGUAAAAUACAAGGGUGUACGCUGCGUCUUUCUUAUAAUCUACCCUUAGGGUGUCUUGCCUUGGGAACAUCAGAAAAUUGGAUGAAGACUUCUUUCAUAAGACCAACUUCAUGAUAAAGUACAAUAUGCAUUCUGUUGUCGGUGUUUAUAGUGAAAUACAUGUAUGUAGAUUUUGUAGCCUUACCCAAGGUUGUCUAGGGUUGUGGUUCGGCUGGGAGACAGUGUGGUCAUGUAUAUAGACCACUGCAUACACACCGCCGUUCUGUCUCACACUUACCCCAGCAACGGUCAUGUCAUUGCUGUGUGAUACAACGUAUAGUAUGUAUGACUUAUGUGUUCACAUCAUGGACUAAAUCAGUGUCUCGGAUUGUACUGGCAUGUAAAGUGUCCACAAAUGUAUUGUACAAAACGGAAAUAUUUACAAGAUUAGUAGAAAAGCUUUAUUGGUGCUGGCUGUAUUUAUUAAAGUUAAACUACCUCCAAACUGAAACCAGCAGUAGCAGAAAUAACAGGUGAAGAACAAUCAUGUUUACAGUGGUCUUUAUGUCCCUUGGUCAGGUAUUUAAUGCAAUUACAUUUACUGGAAGAAUUGGACUUCUUCAAAGCAUGUUUAUAUCUUCAAGCACCCCAAAGGUGGUUUCUAUUCUGUUGAUGUCAGGGUUGUAGUCGAGACCAUCACAAGACCAGUCACAAGUAACAGCGUGAACAAUGACAAAGGAAUGCUUUUGUUGCAGCUCAUUUGAAUAGCUUGUGCCUUGACUUCAGACUUGAGGUCUUAUGUUGGUCUUGUACUGGUCUUGUGAAGGUCUUAAGUGGUUUUGACUACAACACUGGUUGAUGUAUUUAGCACAAGAAGAAUCUUUUUGGUGCUAGAUGUAUAGUAUAUAUUGAAGUCAUGUGACGUCCAAACCCAAGCUAGUAUUGUAGAAUCUGUAUAAUAGGAUACAGUCUUAUAUACCUGUAAAUUAUUUUGCACUGGGCAUUUUGUUUAUAAUUUUCAUAUAUAUUUACCAACUACCGUGCUGGGUAUCUUCAGGUCAUUAGCUUCAACUUACAUUCAGCAGAGAGAGAGUAUUGGAUUUCAAGGUUGGGAACAUCGAGGAAUAAUUGAAGUUGAAUCGAUCCGGUCCUAGCAGAAACAAGAGAAAGUGGGUUUUUUUGUAAAACAAUGAUUAGCCUUUGGUGGGGCACUCCCCGCAUGUGCACACACAGAGGUUUGUCCAUGCUGCGUGCUUGGUACUGCUCGUGUGGCCAAUAUUUGUGUGAGGACAUGGUUUUCACAUGUAGACUGGGUGACCGCAUGAGUGCGGUCAAAACACCUCAGUCUAGCCUCUCUUCUCUUUGCCAAUGAGGGUGCACUUCAGCUCAGGGCGGAUACAGCCCACCAGCAGCUGUUCGCCCCAAUCCAUUUGGCGUUUCACACUGAAAUGUUUUCCAGGUGUGCAUGAUCACCUCACUUUUUAACGCUCGGUUAUGGGGGUGCACAAAAUAGAAAGGGUUCCAAUGAAAGUGACAAAAUGUCCUCUGUUCUGGAAAUGAAAGCGAUGCCCUGAACAGCCUUUGUUUUCUUGUCUAGACACAUGUGGUCUAACAAUGGCCAUUUUGCAACUUCUUGCGAUAUGAAGCGUCAUUUUUUAGUGCAUAAGGUGCAUGUAUGAAUACAUGCUUAUACAUUAUAUUACACAUUUCGAGAAUUAAGAAUCAGGGACUUAAAUUUCAAUAAAAAGAUUUUGCUUGCUACGGGUACUUGUUUGUGAUUUAAUACUAAUCACUGAAAACUUUUUCUUGGGAAGUAACAUUUUUCAGAAACACUGCCAUGUAGUCUACGUAUUAUUUCUUGCCAUGGUAAAAGGAAAAUGCUGUUCAGAGCUUGUCAGUGUAUAUAUAUAUAUUGUAGUUCCAUUCUUUGAUGUAAUGUAUCUCGUGAGGUGUGUGUUGUCUAGCGCAAAUGGUGUUUAAAAAGGGUUCGUCCUGUAUGUUGACAAAAGGUUCCGUUUUCUUCAAAUACACAAUGCCACACUUUCUUCAGUUACACCCAUCUUCACAAUGUCCAGUAUUACCGUGAAAAUUCUGAUUCUUGUGGGUACAUUUCUCCAUCCAGAAGACCACCAUUUGAACGAAAACCAUUGCAAUCCACGAACGUUUUUGGGAGUAAACCUUGUGUUACCUACGUAUGGGACAUAGCAGGUAAAAAAUCGUGGACUUGCCCUGAACUUUUUACCCAUUGAAUUUAUUUUGUUCCGUGCGUCAAGAGGGAAUGAAGGAGUUUUGCCAAACGUUUUGCUGUACAGGAAGGGAGUGCUCCCUUAAACAGAGCACAUGUGACUAAUUUUGAACAUGUCUUUAUAUUGAAGGAGCACACUCAUUCAUGGGUUGUCUGAUGGAAAUGGCACCACCGUCUUUAAAAGCAGAGUUGUAACAAAGUUAUCUCAUGUCAUCACAGAUCAAUGCAAAUCAUCACAAGUUAUUACAGAUCAUCACAAGCCAACACAAGUCAAUCACAAGUCAUCUCAGUUCAUCACAGUCAUAAGUCAUCACAUAUCAGCACAAGUCAAUCACAAGUCAUCUCAGUUCAUCACAGUCAUAAGUCAUCACAUUUCAGCACAAGUCAAUCACAAGUCAUCUCAGUUCAUCACAAAUAAUCACAAGGCAAUCACAAGUCACAACAAAUCAGAAGUAUAUCACAAAGCAUCCUGUCAGUUGCAAGCCAUCACAACUCUAGUACCAGUUUUCAGAAUUCAAACGUCUUCUUAAAUCAAUGCAAGUCAAUUAAAGCCCCCAGAGAUCAUCAAAAGUAUCACAUCACAUCACACUGUAGGCUUGAUUUGAUUGGAGUUGAUCUUAGUGAUUUGACUCAUGGCUUGAUCUUUGAUGGAGUUGAUGACAACUCUGUGUUGCCACAUCUUCAACAAUGGAGUACCUUUUGCAGUUUUACUCAGGAUGAUGUAGUCAUGUACUUUCUUGUGUGUUCAAAGCAGUUUUUUUUAAAUAUCUGAUCCCUGUAAUGUUUAUCUUCAACCACUGCUGGAAAUGUUGAGUUGUAUGGAAAUCAUACAUUAUUUUUGGUGCUUUGUUGGAGAAUCAGGGACUACAUUUCACAUACCGAGUACACAGAAAUUGAAAAUGGCAAAGUUGGACUCAUUUGAAGAAUUUUGCUGGGAUUGUGUUAUACAUGUAAUAGUUUGUAUUUGCCUUCAGGUAAAUUGCGAUCUUGCCGUAAUUGUAGCAGUGCUCACAAAUUAUUGGCUUGGAGUAGGCCGGGUUUUAUUUGCAGUGACGACGCAUGGGCACUUGAGUGAUCAAAAUUAGAUUUGAAUUGAUUUGGAGUGAAAUGAAGACAAAGAGAGUCCAACAUUGUCAGUAUUUGUCCCUGAAGAAUCAGAGGACAUGAUUUGCUAGUACUGCUUUCAUGUUAUUUAUAAUAUAUUAUAUAAGCUGCAUAGAGUACGAGAGAGUAUCUUAACGUAGCUCCGUCACCCAAGAUGGUGGAUGUAGAAAUAACAAUGUGCAAACCAUCUACUGUUCAUUGUCAAAACUACAUGUACUUCCAAGUGCCUUCAACAAAUGUGUGUUACAUUUUAUUCAGAGAUUUGAGAAUGUGCCAGUAAUUUAUAGCCCUUUUAACUAAUGUGGGUUUGUAUCAAUUCAUACUAAUUUAUCGUGCAUAUCUUCCAAUGAGGCAAUAUUUGUAUAUUGACCAGUAGUGGGCCAAUAUUGCUGAUCAAGGAGCCAGUUGUGGGAGGGAUUGAUUGCAUGGGUACCCUGCUCGAGUGCCACUUCUGUAAUCCCAAUCAAUGGUCACGCCAGCUGUUCGCACAGUCAUCAGACACGCCAGAGGGAUGGCGAUUAUUAUUGACCACUUGGAGAAGCACCAUAAGCAGUGAAUGUCACAGAACAUUGGUGGGAUUACGCGGUCUCAUAACUGAGAAAUUGGGUAACAUGGUUCUUGGGUCGGUAAUAGUUUUGAUGUACAUGUAGGCAUUCAGUUUGUGUACAAUAGCAAAUCAACCCCCCAGCUUAUUUCACAUUUAAUUAUAUUUGGUAUUUUUGGUUGCUACAUAGUGCAAAGAUGAGUUGUCAGAAAUGUUUACAUGUGUUUACAUUGUCUUUCCUCGGUAACUUGGAUAGUGUGUGGUAACAACACAAUCACCUGCUAUGUAUGAAUCAAGUCAGUUCAUCAUGCAAGGUUCUAUACUUGUAAAUAACAGAUCAGUUGCUAUUAUGAUCUGUCACAAGAAAUUUCUCUUGCAGCCUGAACUGUGCACUCAACACAAGAAAAGGCUUAAGGGCAACUGGGAAAUGUUUAAAACUGGACAAUUUUUAGGAUUAAGAAUGAUACGUGUAAGAUGCUGUAAGGCAAACCCUCUCUCAAUGAGUAAUUUAUAAUUUAUGAAUAAGUGGGACUUUAUUAGCACUAUUAAACCCCUGCGGCACGUACCGGUAAACAAUUAAAGAAAUAUUAAAAUUUGAAGACC